AUGUGGCGAAUAGUUUUGGGUGUGUUUUACGUUUUCAUACAGAAGAAUGUUGCUGCAGUCAAUCACCAUAAUGUCACCCUGGACCCCGCUUCGAGGCAACUGCUGGAUUUUAAAUUGAUGCACCCGCGGCCCAUAGGAGUGUGGGCAACGAGCGCGGGCUAUCCAAUCGAAGUCCGGGAGACUGUGACGCUGAACACAGAUGUCUUCAACAACCCCUACUUCUGGGAUGAGCAGUCCAGCGCCAACCACGAGCGCAUUCCCGAGCGCGUCGUCCACGCCAAGGGCACCGCCGCUUUCGGCUACUUCCUGGUCACUCACGACGUCUCCAAAUACACCAAGGCGGACGUCUUCAAUGGCGUCGGAAAGAUAACAGAAAUACACGCCCGUUUCUCCCGGCAAUCUCAAAGUAAGGGCGGAUCUGACUUAGUCAGAGAUGCGGGAGGAAUAGCUUUCAAAUUUUACACCAAUGAAGGUAACUUGGACAUUUUGUGUCGAUCCUUCCCAGUAUUCCCCUACAGAUCGGCGGGCGACUUUACGAAGAUCGCCCACGCCGGAAAAAGGAACCCAAAAACUAAUCUCAUGGAUCCAAAUUCUAACUUAGACCUCAUAACCAGAAUGACUGAUCCUCUUAGCGAAUUUCUGUGGUUGCAAUCUGAUUUUGGUCUACAGAACGGAUACAGAAAGAUGGAUGUAUACGCGAUACAAACGUUUGAAAUUAACAACAAGCAUGGCGAUAGCUACUUCGCAAGAUUUAACUUUAAGGCUGAGCAAGGAUUAGAACUACUCACCAAUGAGGCUGCGAGAAUCCUACGCUCCAGGGAUCCCGACUACGGUGCAAGAGACCUCUAUAAUGCGAUAGCCGUUGGAAACUACCCCUCCUGGAGGCUGGAUAUGGACGUCAUGUCGAAACACCAAGUCGAGAGGCUCGACUAUAAUCCUUUCGAUGUAACUAGAACAUGGAAAAACGGAACGUAUCACACCGUUACUAUUGGACGCGCAGUAUUAAACAGAAAUAUUGACAACUGGUUUUCAGAAGCAGAACAAGCCCUGUACGAUCCCGGCCAUUUGGUUCCGGGUAUUCCCGGACCGGUCGACGACAUGUUCAAGGCCCGAAGAUUCUCAUACCGCGACACGCAAGCGUAUCGCUUAGGUAUAAACCAUAACAGAAUAGAAGUGAAUCGACCAGAGUAUAAGCCCAGAAAUUACAAUCGUGACGGAGUUCCACCUAAUUUAGACAAUAUGAGAGACGCGCCGAAUUACUACCCUAACGCUUUCAACGGCCCAGUUCCGCAUGUGGAUGUUGCACGGCCUCGGGAUAAGAUAAAGAUUUAUGACCGUAAUGCGGUAGAUUUGGAGCCGCUGUCAGAGUUCUAUAAUACUCGUGUCACGACGGAAGACCACAGGGAAAGAAUGGCAGCGAAUAUUGCAGAAUUGCUGGUGAGAUCAGUAGAAUUGGUUCAGAAGAACUUCCUGAGGAUACUGUUUUUAGUAGACCAAGAUUUGGGCCACCGCGUGGCACAUGCGCUGGAGGUCGCUCGGAAGGAACUCAUCAAAAAUCGCCCAAAGCUCUUCGUAGCUAAUCCACACCCAAGAAUCCUCGACAUACAUGAAAAUCAAUGCCCUGCUCACCAUUGA